AUGGAGCUACUUGAGCUUGUCGAAUAUGAGCCUACGACGCGCCCAUUCCAGUGUGACUGGGAAUCUUGCAACAAGAGCUUCAACCGCAAGUCAGACUUGCAACGACACUACCGAAUUCACACAAAUGAGAGGCCUUACACUUGCACAACACCUGGUUGCGGCAAGAGCUUUAUUCAGCGCAGUGCUUUGACUGUCCACAUCCGAACACAUACUGGCGAGAAGCCUCACCAGUGCCAACAUAUUGGAUGUGGAAAGCGCUUCUCCGACUCUUCAUCUCUUGCUCGUCACCGACGUAUCCAUACCGGCAAGCGACCCUACAAAUGCGCCCAUGAUGGAUGCCUAAAGAGCUUCUGUCGCAAGACGACAAUGGUCAAGCACCAGCGACGAUCUCAUCAACGCGGCCUGCACCCUAACGAUAUGCUUGACGAUUGCACCUCGGAAUCAGACAUGGGCGAGUCCCCUCCUACGCCCGGCCAAACGAUGAGUUGGCCCAUGCAGGGAGCUAUCACUCAUCCUGCUAUGGCUCAUAGCCAUCCCAUGCAUCGAGCUGCCUCAUUUGCCGACUUUGGUCAUCAUGUAAACCAGUAUGGCAUGUCCCAGCAGAUGGGAAGUCGUCACAGCAUGCCCGCAGAAGUCCAUGAGUACCACGCUCAAGAUGCUGGUAUGCAGAUCGUUCAUCGACCUACCGGCAUGCCCCAGCAAGCAUACUACGUUAUUGACCAGAAUAACCCUGGCAUUGCGACGAUGAACACGAACGUGCCUCAUGCAUACCACAUUCCCCGACAACACGUCGAGCGGCCAGCCAUUGACAUGACCUAUAGCGCCGGGAGCAUGACUUCUAUUAGCAGCAGCCCAGCCAGCUUCUCUCCUGCAUCCGGACAUAGCCCAGCUAUACACGACGGCAUGUACACUCAUCAGCCUCCCGCUGCGCCUACGUACAGCCUGCAGGACGCCGCCUCAGUCGAGUCGCAAAACAACAUGGUUCCAUACGCUCAGCAGAUGCCGCAGACGCAAGGAUCCCAGCCUGAAAACGAAUGGGGAUACCCCUACCAGUCUCCUGUUGAGGUAGCUACGAUCGGACAAAUUCCUGCUUAUGGCUCUGGAGUAUACGAUAUGUACUCCGGUCCCAAGAUCGAAUUCGACGACCCUACCAUGCAACUGCCUAGCUCUCGAGUAGAGACGAUGUGA